AUGUCAACUUGUCCCUCGCAAACGACACCAAUUGUUAACCACACAUCUCCGGCUUCUAUAAGUCAUGACGCCUCGAACAAACUGAUGCCAAUGGUACCGAGCCAGCAACAGCUGAAUGCUUUCUCGACGAGCCAUUUUGUGCAUACCGAGUCUAUAUUCAACAUUGAUAUGCUGCCGAAGCAAGUUGGAUCACCUUUGGAUCUGUUUAAAAUCGCUAAAAAUGAGCCAAGUAGUUCAUCGAACUCGCAACCAGGAACACCAGUUCAAAUGGAUCGAAGAGCUGUUCCGGCUUGUGCCAUUUGUGGAACCGAUUCAACGGGAAUCCAUUUCGGAGUUGAUGCCUGCGCUGCUUGUUCGGCAUUUUUUCGGCGAACUGUCGUUCUAGAUAAACGUUAUGUUUGCAAUAAAGGCGGAAAUUGUGUAAUUCUAAAAGAUAGCUCAAGUGGUCAAAAAUGCAGGGCAUGUCGCUUCAAGAAAUGUCUAAACGCUGGAAUGGAUCGAGGAUCUGUGCAGCACAGGCGAGACGCAAUUGGCAAAUAUUCAGCCGGUGUCAAACGCGAACAUAGUCCUGAUAUCGAAUUCGACGCACCGAAAUACAACAACAUUCCCAGCACAUCAUCGAAUGGAUAUGCAGUGAAAUCACCUGAAUAUCCGAUUCGGCCGCAAGUUAUUCAUCAAUGUCAUGCGUCCACAUCGCGGCAAUGUUUCUCGCCUCAGCAACCCAAAUCUAUUUUGCACGAAUUGAUAAUCCGACAAAAUUUUGUGCUGGAACAACGCCAAAUUUUUUAUGCAGAUCGAAAUCUCUUUGAUUGGUUUCGGAAACCGCUACCAUUGUCCAAGCAACCUAUUCAUGAGCUCACCAACUUCUCCAACUGUAUGUACCAUUUAUGGAAAGUUGAACCACGACUAGCGGCCGAUUUUAUCAAUCGUAAUCGAUAUAUGGAUGCUAUAGUAGAAGAAGAUAAAGUUAAAAUAUUCCGAAACUUUGUGGUUAUUCGACAAGCUGUUGAAGAGCCGUAUAUUACUUGGAUACACGGGGGACUUGAUAAAAAUUGGUUUGUGAUGCCAAAUAUGACAUAUAUCGAUUUUAACAAUGCACAAAAAUAUUUAACAAAUGGUGCAUUGGAGGGGUUGAAUUUGGAUUUGGAAACUGCUAAAAAUCUUUUUGUACCAUCUUUUUUGAAAGCAAUGGAUUCUGUGGGAAAUUUAAUGAAAAACAUCGAGAUUAGUGAAACGGAAUUUGUCAUUCUUCUCGGUCUUGUGCUGUUUGAUCCUUCAAUUGGAGGAAUUCAAGAAAAUACUCGGCAAAUACUCAGCGGAAUCCGUGAUCAACUAAUACAAGACGUAUUUAUUUAUUAUGAAGACGAGGAGAAUCGCAACGAACCCGAAAUUCGAAUAGCCGAUUUAUUCAUGAUAUUGUCGGCAAUCAAAGUUCACGCAAUCAAAACUUCGGAGAAUAUGCAAUUAUUACGGAUAUUCGAUCUGAUCCCAUCUGAUCCAUGCUUUAAUCAAAUGAUGGAAUCGGAAAGACCGACGAAUGACUUUUUUACGGAAAUGUGUAUGGCAGCGCAGAUGAACGGUAAUGCCAUGACAACAUCGACAAGUGGAGUUUCCGUUGGCGAAGCAUCCAUCCAAAUUUCGAAUAAUUCCAUUCCGACGUCCACAUUUCCUCCCGAAUACGCACCUACAGCUACGGUUGAAAUAGUCGCGACCUCUGGUGAAUUAAAUGGCUCAUAA